AUGUCACUCUCCACCACCCGCAAGUCGCUUUAUGUGGACUUUGGCACACCACCGCCGGGCUACGUGCCUGGGUUGGGGCGGGGUGCCGUCGGCUUUACCACCAAGAUGGACAUUGCCACGGCGAGGUUCUCUGGGCCUCAGUUACCAGGGGCAAGCACAAACUCAUCGAGCAGCAAGGCGAGCAAGAGCAAGUCAUCGACAGUAUCUGGAGUGCCUGGACAGUUUGACGAUGCUGUGUUUGAGGCGGAAGAUGCAGAGGCGGAUGCUAUCUGGGCUGCGGUCGACGCAAAGGUCAAUCGGCACACCGAAGAAGCGCAGAAGCGGAAGGAUGCUGCGGCAGAGGCAGAGGAGUCACAGAGAGGCAUCAAGCUCCAUGCUCAGUUUGCUGAUCUUCGUCGCGAGCUGACAAAUGUGACCGUGGAUGAGUGGGAGUCAAUCCCUGAAGUCGGCCAGGUGGCGUACGUGCCCAAGCAGACCGCAGGCGCUGCUGCCGCCAUGCCUGUCCCGGACUCGGUCCUCCGCAUGCAGGUUGAGAACGACAUGUUUUCGCGCUCGUCGCGGGUCGGAGCCUCGGGCUUGACUCCGGCAGAGUUGGCGGCCCAGGAUGCCACCACCACCGACUUGCGCAAGCUCGGCGAGGCCCGCGCGUCGGCGGUCUCGGCCCGGCUCGACGUCGCUGCCGCCGGUCUCGGUGCGUCCGCCCCCAGCGGUAGCGGCAACGGCUCGGUCAACGCCGAGGCCUACCUACAGCAGCUGGAGAGCCAGACGCUCGAGGCUGCGGCCCGGGUGGCCGACGACCGCAAGCUCCGCGAGUUGCUCACCUCUCUCCGCGCCACCUACUCGGAGCACGCGCCGAGCUGGAUUGCCGCCGCCCGGCUGGAGGAAGCAGCCGGCAAGAUGCGCUCGGCUCGCAAGAUUGCGCUUGAGGGCUGCGGCGAGGCACCCGACUCGGCCGACAUGUGGCUCGAGGCGGCACGGCUGUGCCAGCCCGACGAGGCCAAGCGGGUGCUCGCCCGCGCCGCAUCGCGCCUUCCACGCGCCGUCGAGGUGUGGAUGGCCGCCGCCCGGCUCGAGAUGACCGACGCCGCAAAGCGGACCGUCUACCGCAAGGCGCUGGAGGCGAACCCAACGUCGGCGGUCCUGUGGAAGGCAGCAGUCCAGCUGGAGCCGCCGCACAAGGCUCGGGUCCUCCUCACCGAAGCCGUCAAGUGCGUGCCGGCCGACGUCGACCUCUGGCUGGCACUGGCGCGGCUGCAGUCGUACGGCGACGCCCGCGAAACGCUCAACGCUGCGCGUGCCGCUGUCGAUCCGGACUCCCUCGUCCGAGUCUGGGUCGCAGUUUGUCGCCUCGAGGAGGCACGCGCAGUGCCCGAGCCGCGAGAGCCAGCCGACGCUGCCCGCGAUCUGCCGCAUCCCAACGUGGCGCACGUGGCACAGGCUGCUGUGACCGAGCUCGCCAGCUCCGGCAUCGGUCUUGCGCUUGCAAGCCUCUUUGCAACGCCGCUCGACACCGCAGCCGCCACUGAGGCGGCCGAGCGGUAUGCGGGCGAAGGUCUCCACCGGGUUGCAAGUGCAGUGCUGGCGCGGGCGCGAGGAGACGCGCCAGACGAUCCAGCGCUGUGGGCGCGGGCAGCGGCCCUCGCGCCGUCAGAGACAGUCCGACUCGCGGUGCUGCGGGCGUCAGUGUCUGCCCUGCCGACAGCCCCGCUUCUGUGGCUUAUGGCGGCCAAGGCGGUGUGGCAGGCUGGUGAACUCGGCGAGGCGCGGCAGUUGCUGGCUGCGGCGUCUGCCGCAGUCCCGCGGUGCGAGCCGAUUCUGCUCGCUGGUGCCAAGCUCGAAACGCUCGCUGGCGCUGCUGACGCCGCGGGUGCGCUGCUGGCGCGGGCACGGGCCGAGACGCCAUCGGCCCGGGUCUGGGUCAAGUCAGCAGUCCACGCCCGGAUGAUUGGCGACGCCGCCGGGCUGGCCGAGCUUCUGGCGUCGGGCCGCAGCUCGUGGCCAGACGAAGCCAAGCUGUGGAUGAUGGCCGGCCAGAGUGCAGCGACGCCUGCAGAAGCUGCCGCUAUCUACCGCGAUGGUCUGCGGGCAGUUCCGACCUCGGCGCCGCUGUGGCUCCUCCUCGCACAGACGCAGGUUGACGAGGGGAAGCUCGUGGCGGCACGAGCGACGCUCGAGCGCGGGCGCGAGGCGCUGCCUAGCUCUGACGAGGUGCUCGAGGGCGCCGCCAAGAUCGAGAUGAUGGCUGGCAACCGCGAGGCCGCGGGGCAGAUUGUGGCCGAGGGCCUGGCGGCGCUGCCGCGGUCGGGUCGCCUCUGGGUCCUUGCCAUCGAGCUGGAGCCGCCGGCCAAGAAGCGCUCGCGGGCGAUGGACGCGGUGAAGGCUGCAAAGAGUGAGGCGCGGAUCCUGACGUAUGUGGCGCGGCUUUUCAUGUUUAUGCGGCUCGGCGAAAAGGCCAAAGCGUGGCUCCAGCAGGCGCGCAAGGUCGACUCGAGCUACGGCGACGCGUGGGCCUGGGCAUGGGCCAUCGGAAGUGAUGACGAGCGGGGAGUGCUCGAGGCCGACGUUCGCGCCUCUGAGCCGCGGUACGGCGAGGCGUGGAUCGCGGUGGCCAAAGCCGACAGCGCGCGGGCACUGGGGCUCGCCGAUGUGCUGCAGCGGGUUGGUCACAGGUGCGCCGGCGUGCAUGCUGCCGCGGUCGCCGCUGGCGUGUUCUCGGAUCCUGGCGCGCUGUCGAGGCUAGUGGUGCUGCCCGAGUGAGACCGGAGGCCGCAUCACCCGCUCCGCUCCCACUCGAUGAGAUAGUACUCGAUGGGCUCGUCGCCGUCAAAGCCGUCGGCCUGCUUGGGCUCGGAAAGGUAAAGGCAUCCGGUGCCGA